UAUCAUAAAAUAAUAAAUUAUCCUUCUAAGAACAUGGAGUCAGAUUCAUCAUUCCUUCCUUCAUCUGGGAACCCUGCAAAUACAGUAGACUUUAGCCUUAAAUUUGUACUCCAUGGAAGGGAAGAAUUGAUUUUCAGGUGAGUUCCAUGCAGAAAUGGAACUCACCAUGGAAAUUUCCAUUUUCCAUGGUGAGCUCCAUGCAGAAAUAGGAGCUUUGCAUCAGGAGGAAGGCUGACACCUCACUGCCAUAAAGGGAUGUCAGGCUCCAGGAUGAGCCAAAUGGAGCAUCCAGCUGCUGCAGGAGCAGCCUGGAACCAUUCCACAGAGUGUGAGCCUGCAGCUGCUGCCACUGUGAUGUCAGGGCCCGUUGGGGUGCCACUGAAAGGUUGGCACUUCCCCGCAGUGCCAACAGGACACUGCCAUUCCUGCAGCCCAGACCACCUCAAUGCCCCUUCUGCUGGCAUUCCAGGAGGAUCCUCCUCCUCCAGGAGUUCUCAGUGGGCUGCCUGCACACCAGCAAGGGUUUUAGCUGAAUUUUGGGUUAUGCAGCUCUGCAAGUUCUAGCGCAGCUCUGCAGAAAUGAUCCAGCAAGUUGUUGCCACAGUGCGUGAUUUUCUGUCUGCUGCAUCUGCGCUGUAUUUUGACCCAGAUAAACCCUGGCUGCUGACAGCUCAUCUGAGGAAUCUGAUCAUCCAGUUAUCCAGAGGUGGAGACUCUCACACCUGUCCCCAAGCCACAACAUUGCCACCAGAACCUCAGCUGGCUCUUUCCCUUCCUGGACAAGAGGAUAAUGAGAAGAAGGUGGACAAGGAACCUGCAGCUGUUUCCUCAGGAGGAUCAAUCCACACGAGCUCUCUGCUGGGAGCUGAAGAUGCAGAUGAUGAGACAUUUCUCCUGUCUGACACCCUCAGCAGAAGCUCAGGUGCUCUGGACAAACCCAGGGUCCGGCCACAGAAGAAAUUCUGUGUGACAGAGGAAGUGCUGGAACAGCUGAGGGGCAUUGUCAACGAGGGGGACCCUAAGACCAAAUACAUUGAUUUUGUUCAAGUUGGCCAAGGGGGUUUCGGGACUGUUUACAAAGCCACGGACCCAGCCACAGGAGAAGUGGUGGCCCUAAAGAAGAUGCCUCUCCGCAGACGGAGCAGGAAGGAACUCCUUGUCAACGAGAUUCAGAUCAUGAAGGAAAACAGGCAUCCCAAUAUUGUCAAUUAUAUAGACAGCUACCUGGUGAAUGAAGACCUGUGGCUUGUGAUGGAAUAUGUGGAUGGAGGCACUUUAACCAGCGUUCUUGUCCGAGUCUUAAUGGAGGAAGGAAUGAUAGCUGCUAUCAGCAAGGAGUGCCUCAAAGCUCUGGAUUUUCUUCAUUCAAAUAAUGUGAUCCACAGAGAUGUCAAAAGCGACAAUAUUCUUCUUGGGAUGGACGGAUCUGUGAAACUGACUGAUUUUGGCCUGUGUGCUCAGCUGAGCGCGGAGCGGAGCACACGGUGCACGAUGCUUGGCUCUCCUUACUGGGUAGCACCAGAAAUCGUGAAAAGAAAGGAAUAUGACACCCAAGUGGACAUCUGGGCCCUUGGGAUUGUGGCCAUUGAAAUGCUGGAGGGAGAACCUCCAUACUUUAAAGAAAGCCCCAUCCAGGCUCAGCGCCUGAUUGCCCGGAACAGGUACCCCCCUCUGAGGAUGCCCAGCAAGAUGUCAAUUCUGUUCCACGCCUUCCUGCACUCCUGCCUGGACACCAACCCCAGCAUCCGCUGGACAGCCAGGGAGCUCCUGCAGCAUCCAUUUUUACGAACAGCCGUGAGUCUCUCUGUCCUGCCUGACUUGAUCUGUGUAGCCAGGAAAGUCUGUCAGACCACGGAAACAGCUCAGGACAGCAAUGCCAACACAGAGCAAAAGAAAGAAUAAAAUUUUCACUCCUUUGUGAGAUUUGCUCCCUUCUCACCCAAUUAUUCCAUUCACUUCUGAAUUAUUGGUUGCUUCUCAAAGAUGCAAAGUCCCAAUUAUGGGGGUUUUGGAAUGGUUUGGAAAUGGGGAAGGGUUUCCUUCAUUCAUCAGCUCCAGACCACGCUGGCUCUGGAAUGCCCACGGGCUGGGUUUUGCCCACCUGUGGCACUUCUGGGUGAGGGAGAAAGUGCAAUGCAUUUCCAGCCAAAUGGGGGAGGCAAAACAUCCUGUUGGAUACACACGGUCAGCUGGGACUGUGGAGUGUUUGGAGAAUUCCCUGUCCUC